AUACAUCGAGAAUUACGAAAUGAAGGUCCUAACAAUAGCAGGACUCGCCCUUCUUUGCGCCAUAGUCGCUGCCAGACCGAACGGCUAUCUUAAUGGUGGCUGGGGUCAUGGUUUUGAGCUUGGUCACUGGUAUCGAAACGGAGACAGAUGGCAGGGUAACUUUGGCAACUGGCACAGAAUUCCAAACGGCUGGUACAGACACCAUCUCGAGAAACAUCACAAUGAACACAAAAACGGAAUGGAUGGUGAACCAACGGCACCAGAAAUUACAACUGCGGCUCCAGUGGAAUCAACUGAAGCUCCUGCAGAAUCUACUCCCGAAGCACCGGGAAAGCCUACCGACGCUCCCGAAGAAACAACCGAUGUUCCAGAAGAGACGACUGAAACUCCAGAGGAAACCACUGAGGCUCCUGAAGAAACAACCGAAGUUCCAGAAGAAACGACUGAAGCUCCAGAGAAAACCACUGAGGCUCCUGAAGAAAGUACCGAAGUUCCAGACGAGACGACUGAAGCUCCAGAGGAAACAACUGAGGCUCCUGAAGAAACAACCGAUGUUCCGGAAGAGACGACUGAAGCUCCAGAGGAAACCACUGAGGCUCCUGAAGAAAGUACCGAAGUUCCAGACGAGACGACUGAAGCUAAAGAGGAAACAACUGAGGCUCCUGAAGAAACUACCACCCAAGAACCGGAAGAUUCAACCACCGAGGGCUCUGGCGAAGGUGAAACCACAAAUGCAACCGAUGAACCUGCCGAAACAACCGAAGAACCCGAGGAAUCGACCACAGAAAGUUCCGGCGAAGGUAGCGGUUCGGCGACCAUCUAAGCUCUCCCAUAAAGCAAAGCAAUAAAGCAAAGCAAUAAAGCUGUAAGAAGUUUAAAGAAUUUCAAUAUUAGUUCCCAACAAACAAAAAUUAGAGUGUAGUGAUUGUUUUUUAUGGCUUUAGUCACAAGUGCUGUCAUACUUAUUAGAUUUUAUUUUAAUUAUACGAUAGACAAACCAA